AUGAUGAAUAGACGGGCACUGCUUCGCGCCAAUGAUGCGCUGAAGCCAUCAGCGACUGCUCGCGCACUCAAUCGAACCUCCGUACUACUCCGCAACCAAGCUCGACCGAUCAGCAGCACCGCAAGGCGGCGAGAAAACGACGAUGGCAGGACAUUCAAGGGCCAGCUGUACGACAGCACAAGAGAAAGACUGCAGAGAGAGCGAGCUGAGCAGGCUCGGUUCGCGAAGCAGCGGCAGCUGGGCACCGGAGGCACUGGCCUGAGGAUAGCAUUCAUCACCGUCUUCUCCGCCCUCGUGGGCUACUACGCCGGCAGCCUAACCCCCUCCCCUCUCCCCAUCACAUCAACAACUCCCCUCGGCAGCGUCAAGCCGCCUGAGCACAAUACCGCACCCACAAACCUGCAGGCCGCAUGGACCGACUUCCGCGCCAUCGUCGGCGAAGACAACAUCUCGACCACCGAAGCGGACCUCGCCUCGCACUCCGGCUCGGAGUGGUCCUCGCACCCCUCGCUGCCCGGCGACGUCCCCUUCUGCAUCAUCAAGCCCGGCUCGACGGAGGAGGUGUCCAAGAUCAUGAAGGUCUGCCACACGCGCCGCAUCCCCGUCACGGCGUAUAGCGGGGGCACCUCGCUCGAGGGCCAUUUCGCGGCUACGCGUGGCGGGAUUUGCAUCGACUUUAGCCGCAUGGAUCAGAUCCUUGCGCUGCACAAGGAUGAUUUGGAUGUUGUGGUGCAGCCGGCCGUUGGCUGGGAGCAUCUUAAUGAGGAGCUCGGUGAUGAGGGCCUCUUCUUCCCGCCGGACCCUGGGCCGGGCGCCAUGAUCGGCGGCAUGGUUGGUACGGGGUGCUCCGGCACGAACGCGUACCGCUACGGCACGAUGCGUGACUGGGUGCUGAGCCUUACCGUCGUGAUGGCGGAUGGGACCAUUAUCAAGACGCGGCAGCGGCCCAGGAAGUCGAGCGCGGGGUACGACCUGACGCGCACGUUCAUCGGUAGCGAGGGCACGCUAGGGCUGGUGACAGAAGCGGUGCUGAAGGUGACGACGAAACCAGCGAACACAAGCGUGGCGGUGUGCGCAUUCAGCACGAUCCGCGAGGCCGCGGACUGCGUAUUCCGCGUCGUAGGCGCGGGCGUGCCGAUCGCGGCCAUCGAGCUGCUGGACGACGUCCAGAUGCGCUGCAUCAACGACGCCGGGCAGACGACCAAGCACUGGAAGGAGGCGCCGACGCUGUUCUUCAAGUUCGCAGGCACCCCCAGCAGCGUCAAGGAGCACAUCUCCAUCGUGCAGAAGCUGGCCAAGAGCGCCGGGAGCAAGAGCUUCGAGUUCGCGAAGACGGCUGACGAGGCGGCUGAGCUGUGGUCCGCGCGCAAAGAAGCGCUCUGGUCCGUCAUGGCGAAGAAGCGGAACGAGAGCGACCACGUGUGGACGACGGACGUGGCCGUGCCGAUUUCGCGCCUGCCGACUAUCAUCGAGGAGACCAAGGCGGAUAUCGCGAAGAGCGGCCUCACCGGGUCGAUCGUGGGACAUGUCGGGGAUGGCAACUUUCAUGCGAUUAUUCUGUAUAGUGAUAAGGAGCAUGGGAUUGCGGACGGGCUGGUGCAUCGGAUGGUUAAGCGUGCGAUUGAGCUGGAGGGCACGGCGACGGGGGAGCAUGGGAUUGGGCUUGUGAAGAGGGAUUAUUUGAACCAUGAGCUGGGGGAGACGACGGUGGAUGUGAUGAGGAAGCUCAAGCAAGCUUUCGACCCGCUCUGUCUACUGAAUUGCGACAAGAUUGUCCGCGUCCAGAAGCCGAAGCCUGGUGAGAUACAGGAUUGGUAG